GCCUGCUGUACUGUAAACUGCACAGUUCCUCUUAUUUCCUACCCUCUGUAAAGCACAACAGUUUUACUGUAUUUAGAUAUAGUUUCUUUUUAUUGUAGAUCUCCCGAGCACCCAAUAUUUAGGUUCUUCAAAUGGAUCGCUUAAAACAGCUGGAAGAUGACUCAAUACAUAAUAUGAGCCAGACAAGGGGACUGCCUGGUUUGCCCCCUUUGCCUCAAACAGAUACAGCGGGGCCUUCUGAACUCUAUAAGAUUGUUCUCCGGCACAGUAAGUACCCACCCAUCCUUCAGGACACAUGCGGGACCCUGGCGGUGCCCUACAAAGAGCAGCGCUACCACCGCACUCCUAGCGAGUCCAUUGGGAAUAACUACAGCCCAGCUGCUAGAUGCCUAAAAAUCCGUCACCUGCAUCGAAAGUCGCGGGUACCUGCUGAAGACCCGUCACCCGUAUCCCUAACCAGAGUGGUGUCUCCUGUUCUGAAAAAGGGAAACCUCAUGCCAAAGAUCAGGAAUCCAGUUUUUCUAUCUUCACACUCAGCUGGGAUUGCAAUGGCUUCCAGUAGCCGCCCCAUGACACCCAUUCAGCAGCUGGAUAUUAUUCGAAGCCAGGAGAUGCGUCUGUCAAGAGCAGGGGAAGAGCCAUCGGACAGGGACCUGGAAAGAUACAUGUAUUACAUCACGCAUGGAAUUAAGGACCACAUGCUGGUUGGCCAGCCUCCGCAGCAGGUUGAGAAUAUUCUGGAACUGCUCCCUGACUGUGCCCAAAACAGUGAAGACCUUCAGAAGCUACAGUCACAGCUUUUAGAGGAAGUGCAGAAAAGCUACCGUUUUAGUUUAAGGAAAAGCAUCGUGGAUUACAUCUUGAAAGAUCCACUGGAAAGGAAGCGCUUGUUCAUCCCCAGGACCCCGCGGCCGUUCCCAGUGAGGGUGAUCCGUGGGCCGGUUCCCUGGAGCAGAGCUUACAGGGAGGCUCACAGCUGGCAGGAGCAGCACCUCUUCACUGUCAACCCAAUGAUGCUGCAUCUGCAGGAGCUCUGGAUGGGCAGUUUUGCUUCUCUAAGGUUUGUAAGGUUGGAGGACCUUCUUUCUGCCAACCUCCCACUGCUCCCUGAAGACUUUGCUACUGAGCUCCGUAGACAGAGCCAAACAGCCAGGGACGCCCUGCUCAGCACAUGGCUGCCCAGAUGUGCCUCUCUCUUUAUCACUCAUAAAGACUGCUGGCUCACGCUGGUGCCCCCUAGUGAACUGGAGGCCCCAGGUUCCGCCCAGGAGUUCUUCUCCUGCGCAGCUGCCCUCAUGUCUCUGCAGCUGCGCAGCCUGGUCAUCGCCUCCUUGCAGGAGCUGCUGGACUUCUUCUUGCUGCACCAGGGGGGGAAUGACUUCGGCAAGGACUGCGAUCAUCUGAGCCUCACGCGGCCGCAGCUGCUCACCAUACAUGUAAAGGUUGAGGAGCCUCACAUUGUGUUCCAGCCCUGCUUGCAAGACUAUUGGGAGAUGAUUCACACGGGCUUCAUGGAGGUCAUCAGGAGCGCAGAGGGUCUGUCCAGGGUGGAAUGUGAGCUGUUUCCCGAGAUCCAGACACCUGACAUGACUCUCCGCACAGUCAGGCCAGAUGAGCUGCUGGUCACUGAGCUGGUGAACAGAACCAUGGAGGUCUUCCAGAAGAACAUAGAAGGACCCAAACGGUAUUUGAAUGUUUACGACAAAUUCAGCAGUCUACUUAACAGCAGUGCUAAUCAAGACGUCGAUUUCUUCCUUAAAGACAAGCAUUCUCUUGAAGUUUUCUCUCAGAAAAUUAAAAGCAUUGAGCAGCUGUGUGAAGAAAUCACCGGUCUGCGCAGCACUAUCCCCCUGGCUGCGUUCAGCCUGGAUGCCUCGGGCGUUAAUAAGGAACUUUGCAGUCGUGCUGAGAGGCUGAAAGAGAGGCUGGUCAUGUUCAAAGUGGAGGAGAACAGAGCGUUCAACAAAUGUAUCUGCCGACGCUAUGAGGAAAUAGCUGAGAUUAUUAGCGGGGUCCCAAGUAACACGGAGGAGCUGGUGACCCUGGACCAGUACCUGAAGCGCACCACCGAAGUAACUGUCCAUCAGCUGAGGGACGAAAUCAGUGAAGCGGUUAAACGGCUCCAUUUUCUGCUGGACUUUGCCACCUUCUCUAAUGAGGACUUGAAGCUGAACAGCAGCCUGUUCAGAUGGCCAGAGAAGAUCCUCCCCGUGUUUGAACUUAACAAAAGCCGCCUGGCCACAUGUAGGGAUCGCACUGAAGAUGUCAUCCUUACCAGGAUCUCCAAGUUUGUUCAGAAGCUACAGUCUAUCAGCAAAGAUGUUGAAGCAUUCAAAAGGAAGGAGCUAAUGAGCCUUGAAGAGAUGAAGCAUAAUGUGGAGAAACUGAGUGAAGUAGCAGCCUUUCUUGAUGCUGCAGUGGCGGAGCUCGAGGACAUAAAUAAGGAGGAGAAUCUCUUGGGAAAAGAACAGACCCAAUGCCUUGAUCUGCAGAGUCUUCUAGCCAACAAGCAACCCUAUGACCACCUCUGGACCACUGCCCUUAACUUCCAAAACAAAUCGGAGUUUUGGAUGAAUGGUCCUUUCGUAUACUUGAACGCCGAGGAGAUCUCUGAGGAGCUGGGCAACAUGUGGCGAACCAUGUACAAGCUGACCAAAAGUUUUGCGGACCUGCCUGGCCCCCGACGAGUUGCAGACAGCUUCAGGAUCAAGAUUGAAAAGUUCAAACAGCACCUCCCAAUACUUACCACCAUCUGCAAUCCUGGCAUCAAAGGCCGACACUGGGAAAAGAUCAGUGCCAUUGCGGGCUACACUGUGCAGCCUGAUGAGGACACGUCGCUGCUGAACAUGGUGGAGCUGGGCCUGUCCAAAUUUGCUGACAAGCUUGAGGAGAUCAGCGCUGAAGCCAGCAAGGAGUUUUCCCUGGAAAAAUCCUUGGACAAGAUGAGGUCAGAGUGGGCUGAACUUCGCUUUGUCUUCACCCCAUACAGAGACACGGGUACAAGCAUUGUGAGUGCAGUAGAUGACAUCCAGGUGCUCCUUGAUGAUCACAUCAUCAAGACCCAGACCAUGCGUGGUUCUCCGUUCAUCAAACCUAUUGAGACUGACUGUAAGCAAUGGGAAGAGAAGUUACUGCUGAUCCAGGACGUUGUUGAUGCCAAGCUGAAGUGUCAAGCCAGCUGGCUGUACCUGGAGCCCAUCUUUAGCUCAGAGGACAUCAUUGUCCAAAUGCCAGAAGAAGGCCGCAAAUUUGCCAUAGUUAAUAACCACUGGAAGGAGAUCAUUGCUGAAGCGGUAAAAGACCCCAGAGUGCUGGUAGCUACAGCCCAGCCCAACAUGCUGGAGAGAUUGAAGGCUUCCAAUGUGUUUUUGGAGGAAAUUCAAAAGGGGCUCAACACUUAUCUGGAGCAGAAAAGACUCUUCUUCCCAAGGUUUUUCUUCCUGUCAAAUGAUGAGCUUCUGGAGAUCCUUUCAGAGACUAAGGAUCCACUAAGAGUCCAACCUCACCUGAAGAAGUGCUUCGAAGGCAUCGCUAAGCUCGAGUUCACAGAGGACAUGGAGAUCACUGGCAUGAUCAGCUCUGAGAAGGAAACUGUUCCAUUCGUCCGAAAAAUCUACCCAGCUAAGGCCAAGGGCAUGGUGGAGAAGUGGCUGCAGCAGGUGGAGGAGGCGAUGCUGAGCAGUAUGAGAGCUGUCAUUCAUGAUGGAGUCAAAGAAUAUGUCCAGGUUCCGAGGAAGAAGUGGGUGCUGAAAUGGCCAGGACAGGUUGUCAUUUGCGCCUCUUCCAUCUUCUGGACCAGUGAAGUCUCAGAUGCCAUUGAGAAGAACAGUAUCUCUGCAUACUUGGAGAAAAGCAAUGCUCAGAUAGCUGACAUAGUGGAGCUGGUGAGAGGGAACCUGUCAGGGGGGGCACGUAUGACCCUGGGGGCUUUGACUGUCAUCGACGUUCACGCACGUGAUGUGGUUGCAAGGCUGGCCCAGGAUGGCGCUUCCUCUCUGAGUGACUUCCAGUGGAUUUCCCAGCUUCGGUAUUUCUGGGAAGAUGGUGACGUGCUUGUGCGCAUGAUCACCACCACCGUGAAGUACGGCUACGAGUACCUGGGGAAUUCCCCGCGUCUCGUCAUCACUCCGCUGACUGACCGCUGCUACAGGACACUAAUGGGAGCCCUGAAAUUGAACCUGGGAGGUGCUCCGGAGGGGCCUGCAGGAACUGGGAAGACAGAGACCACCAAAGAUCUGGCCAAAGCGCUGGCAAAGCAGUGUGUGGUCUUUAACUGCUCUGACGGCCUGGAUUAUAAGGCCAUGAGCAAGUUCUUCAAAGGCUUGGCGCAGUCGGGAGCCUGGGCCUGCUUCGAUGAGUUCAACCGCAUCGAGGUGGAGGUGCUGUCUGUGGUGGCCCAGCAGAUCCUCAGCAUCCAGCAGGCCAUUGCCCGCAACCUCAGGACCUUCCUGUUUGAGGGCACAGAGCUCUCACUGAACCCCACCUGCUCAGUCUUCAUCACCAUGAAUCCCGGCUAUGCCGGCAGGGCUGAGUUACCGGACAACCUCAAGGCCCUUUUCCGCACAGUGGCGAUGAUGGUGCCAGACUAUGGUCUUAUUGGCGAGAUCUCACUAUACUCAAUGGGAUAUAUUGAAUCCCGCAGUCUUGCGCAGAAAAUCGUGGCCACCUACAGACUAUGUUCGGAGCAGCUCAGCUCUCAGCAUCACUAUGACUACGGGAUGCGAGCAGUGAAGUCGGUCCUGACAGCAGCAGGGAGCCUGAAGCUGAAAUACCCCCAGGAGGACGAGAGCGUACUGCUGCUGCGAGCCCUGAUGGAUGUUAACAUGGCUAAAUUUCUGGCUCAAGAUGUGCCACUUUUCCAGGGUAUCAUUUCAGACCUCUUCCCAGGGGUAGUCCUUCCUAACCCAGACCAUGAGGUUCUUCUCCAGGCCAUUAAUGACAACAUGGCCAAGCUGCGACUUCAGCCCGUCCCCUGGUUCAUCGGCAAAAUAAUCCAGGUUUAUGAGAUGAUGCUGGUCCGUCACGGGUUCAUGAUUGUGGGAGAGCCCCUGGGUGGGAAGACCUCCGCCUAUGAAGUCCUUGCCGGAGCGCUCUGUGAUCUUCAUGAAGCCGAGCUAAUGGACGAAUUUGCAGUGGACUUCCGAAUCAUUAACCCCAAAGCCAUUACUAUGGGUCAGCUCUACGGUUCAUUUGAUCCCGUCAGCCAUGAGUGGUCAGACGGGGUGCUGGCCAACUCUUUCCGAGAGCAGGCCGUAUCCACAUCAGAUGACCGAAAAUGGAUAAUCUUCGAUGGUCCCAUCGAUGCUGUGUGGAUUGAAAAUAUGAACACUGUCUUAGACGACAACAAGAAGCUGUGUCUGAUGAGUGGUGAGAUCAUCCAGAUGAGCCCGAAGAUGAGCCUCAUCUUUGAGCCAGCAGACCUGGAGCAAGCUUCCCCAGCCACUGUCAGCAGAUGUGGUAUGAUCUACAUGGAGCCACAUCAGCUGGGCUGGGCCCCUCUAAAGGUCUCCUAUAUGGACACUCUACCAGACAGCUUGAGCUCAGAGCACAAAGAACUGGUCGAGGACUUGUUCAACUGGCUGGUGCAACCGUGCCUGGAUUUCAUUUACCGCGAGUGUCGCUUCCUUCUGCAGAGCUCUCCCACACACUUGGCCUACAGCCUGAUGAGGCUCUAUACUUGUCUUCUGGAUGAGAUUGCUGAGUCAGGAAGACACGGGGCGGAGUCAAUGUCCAGCCCACAAAUGACACUGUGGCUUCAAGGCCUCUUCCUUUUCGCUGUUGUCUGGAGCUUGGGGGGCACUGUUAAUGGAGAAAGCCGCAAGAAGUUUGAUGUCUUCUACCGUAACCUGCUGGAAGGCAGGAGCGCCGAACAUCCCCGGCCUAGAAGUGUAAAGCUAACAAAGAACAAUGUCUUCCCCGAAAGAGGAAUGGUCUAUGACUACUACUUCCACAAACAGGCAUCUGGACAAUGGAACAUGUGGACAGAUCGAAUCACAAAGGAGGAAUCCACCAUCUGUCCUGGGGCCAAUGUAUCUGAGCUCAUCAUACCCACCGUGGAAACUGCACGCCAGUCCUUCUUCCUGCACACGUACCUUGCCCAUGAGGUGCCCGUGUUGUUUGUUGGCCCUACCGGCACGGGCAAGUCCGUCAUCAACAACAGAUUCCUGCUCCAGCUUCCAAAAGAACAGUACAUCCCAAACUGCAUCAAUUUCUCCGCCCGCACCUCUGCUAACCAAACUCAGGACAUCAUUAUGUCUAAGCUGGACCGCAGAAGAAAAGGUGUCUUCGGUCCCCCGAUGGGAAAGAAGUGUGUGCUCUAUGUAGAUGAUCUCAACAUGCCUGCAAAGGAAAUUUACGGUGCCCAACCACCCAUUGAACUGUUACGACAGUGGAUUGACCACAGCCAUUGGUAUGACAAGAGGGACACUGCAAGGCUGGACAUAGUCGACGUUCUCUUUGUGUCUGCGAUGGCUCCCCCUGGUGGGGGUCGGACUGACAUUACAGGGCGAUUCACGCGGCACCUAAACAUCAUUGCUAUUGACUCCUUCGAUGAUGAGACCCUGACUAAGAUUUUUACAUCCAUCACCGACUGGCAUUUUGAGAAGGGCUUUGAUCCCUCUUUUCAAAGGCUGGGGAUGAUACUGGUGCAGGCUACCAAGGCCGUGUACAAGGAUGCCACAGGCCACUUCCUGCCCACCCCCUCGAAGUCCCACUACAUCUUUAACUUGAGGGACUUUGCCAGGGUGAUACGGGGCGUGCUUUUGUGCCCCCACUCCCAUCUGCAGGACAGAAACAAGCUGAUUCGAUUAUGGAUACAUGAGGUUUAUCGUGUGUUCUACGACCGUCUUGUAGACAACACAGACAGAGAAUUUUUUUUCAAUAUUGUCAAGGAGAGAACUUCUGGCAUUUUCAAGGAGAGCAUGGACAUGCUCCUCAGUCAUCUUGCCCUGGCUGGGAAAAUGACAGAUGAAGCCAUUCACAGUCUUUUCUUUGGGAAUUAUGCCACGCCUGACUCCGAUGUCAAGGCCUAUGAUGAGAUCACAGACCUUCAGCAGCUCUUGGCUGUGAUGGAGCUAUACCUGGAUGAGUUCAACCAUGUCAGCCAGGCACCCAUGUCAUUCGUCAUGUUCAAGUUUGCCGUUGAGCACAUCUCCCGGAUCUGUCGUGUGCUCCAGCAAGACAACGGUCACUUGCUGCUCGUGGGCAUAGGCGGUUCAGGCAGACAGAGUGCGACCAAGCUUAGUACCUUCAUCAGUAAUUAUGAACUCUUCCAGAUUGAGCUGACUAAAAACUAUGGGAUGACUGAGUGGAGGGAUGAUCUGAAAAAGGUAAUGCUACAAGCUGGCAUUCAGGGAAAGAGAACAGUCUUCCUGUUCAGUGACAGCCAGAUCAAAGAUGAGGCCUUUGUGGAAGAUAUCAAUAUGCUGCUCAACACGGCUGACAUACCUGAUAUCUUCCCGGCCGACGAGCGUGCAGACAUCAUAGACAAGGUGCAAGGUAUCGCACGGCUGGAGGGCAAGAAGAUCGAUCCCACACCUCUUUCCAUGUACAACCAUUUUGUUGAUCGAGUCAAAGCCAACCUACAUAUUGUACUAGCAAUGAGCCCAAUUGGGGAUGCCUUCAGGAACCGCCUGCGCAUGUUUCCCUCGCUGAUCAACUGUUGCACCAUUGACUGGUUCCAAGCCUGGCCCACUGAUGCACUUGAGAUGGUAGCAAACAAGUUCCUGGCAGAUGUGGAGUUAGACGAUGACGUCAGAAGAGAAGUGGUGGACAUGUGCAAAAUAUUCCAUGAGAGUGUGAGGGAAUUGUCAGAAAAGUACUUUUCUAGGCUAAGGAGGCAUAACUAUGUAACACCAACUUCCUACCUUGAACUUAUCCUCACCUUCAAAGUCUUGCUUCACUCAAAGAGAAAAGAAGUGGAUACUGCGAGAAACCGUUACCAACUAGGUUUACAAAAGCUGGAUUUUGCAGCCUCUCAGGUGUCGGUGAUGCAGCAGGAAUUAACUGCCUUGCAGCCAGAGCUGAUUAAGACAUCAGCUGAGACGGAAAAGAUGAUGGUUAAGAUUGAGAAGGAGACUGGUGAGGUGGAUGUUAAGAAGGAGCUGGUGUCGGCUGAUGAGACUGUGGCUAAUGAGGCAGCAGCUGCAGCCAAGGCCAUUAAGGAUGAGUGUGAAGGGGAUUUGGCAGAAGCUAUGCCUGCCUUGGAGGCUGCGUUAGCAGCCCUGGACACCCUGAAGCCUGCUGACAUCACAGUGGUGAAGUCCAUGCAGAACCCACCUGGACCAGUCAAGCUGGUCAUGGAGUCCAUCUGUGUUAUGAAGGGAAUAAAACCUGAAAGGAAGCCAGACCCUAGUGGUUCAGGUAAAAUGAUUGAGGACUACUGGGGUGCCUCAAAAAAAUUGCUUGGUGACAUGAAGUUCCUGGAGAGUCUGAAAGCAUUUGAUAAAGACAACAUCCCGGCAGCUAACAUGAAGAAGAUCAGGGAGAAGUUCAUCAACCACCCAGAUUUUCAGCCUUCCAUAAUCAAAAAUGUGUCAUCAGCCUGUGAGGGUUUGUGCAGAUGGGUGCGGGCCAUGGAGGUGUACGAGCGUGUGGCCAAGGUAGUGGCUCCCAAAAAGGAGCGUCUGAUAGAAGCAGAGGAGGAGCUUGCGGUGCAGAUGCAAAAUCUGACAGUGAAAAGAGCAGAGCUGAAGGAGGUGGAGGACAGGCUCCAGGCCUUGAAUGACACCUUUAAUACCAUGACCAAGAAGAGGAAGGACCUGGAAAGAAACAUUGAACUGUGCUCACAGAAACUGAUCCGAGCAGAGAAGUUAAUCGGCGGUCUUGGUGGGGAGAAAGACCGGUGGACAGAGGCUGCCAGAAUCCUGGGGGUGCAGUAUAUUAACCUUACUGGUGACGUGCUGCUAUCUGCGGGCAUGGUGGCCUAUCUGGGGGCUUUCACAGUGGAUUACCGCACAGAGUGCCAAAAGAAGUGGCACUUACUCUGCGAGCAGAAGCAUAUCCCAUGCUCACAAGAAUUCUCCCUCAGCAGUACAAUGGGGAAUCCAGUAAUGAUUAGAACAUGGCAGAUAGCAGGCCUGCCUGUUGACUCUUUUUCCACAGACAAUGGAAUCAUUUUGUCCAAGUCCCGCAGAUGGCCUUUGAUGAUAGACCCCCAGGGUCAGGCAAACAAAUGGAUCAAGAACAUAGAGAAGGCUAACAAGCUAGUUGUCAUUAAACUCUCAGAUGGAAACUAUGUGAGGACUCUAGAAAAUGCUAUCCAGUUUGGGAUUCCUGUCCUGCUGGAAAAUGUUGGAGAGGAGUUGGAUGCUGUGCUGGAACCGGUGUUACUAAAGCAAACUUUCAAACAGCAAGGAGUGGAGUACAUGAAGCUUGGGGAGAAUAUAGUGGAAUACUCCCAAGACUUUGUGUUUUAUAUGACCAGUUGUCUCAGGAACCCACAUUAUCUACCUGAGAUUGCAGUCAGGGUCUGCUUGUUGAAUUUCAUGAUCACCCCUCUAGGGUUGGAAGACCAACUCUUGGGCAUUGUGGCCGCUAUGGAGAAACCUCAACUUGAAGAGAAGAAAAACCAGCUAAUUAUUGAGAGUGCUGCAAAUAAGAAACAGCUGCAAGAGAUUGAGGAUAAAAUUCUGGAGGUGCUGUCUUCUUCCCAGGGCAAUAUCCUAGAGGAUGAGACUGCAGUCAAAGUUCUCUCCUCCUCUAAGGUACUCUCAGAAGAAAUCUCAGAAAAACAGAAGAUUGCCAGCAUUACAGAGAAAGAGAUAGACGGUACCCGGAUUGGAUACCGCCCAGUUGCAAAGCAUUCUUCCAUCCUUUUUUUCUGCAUUUCAGAUCUUGCUAACAUUGAGCCCAUGUACCAGUACUCACUGACAUGGUUUAUAAACCUCUAUAUGCAGUCAAUUGCUCAGAGUGUGAAAAGUGAGGACCUUAACACUAGGAUUGUGCAUAUAAUUGAACACUUUACAGUCAGCAUCUACAACAACGUGUGCCGGUCACUCUUUGAGAAAGACAAGCUUCUCUUCUCUUUGCUGCUGACAGUGGGAAUCAUGCAGGGUGAAGGUCAAGUGGACAAUGAGGUGUGGCGAUUCCUCUUAACAGGGGGAAUUGCACUGGACAAUCCACAGCCAAACCCGGCCCCUGAAUGGUUAUCAGACAAGUCCUGGUCGGAGAUUGUACGAGCCUCGAAACUCAGGAAUCUUAACGGACUUUCUGAGCAUGUGCGGCACAACAUACACGACUGGAAGAAGAUCUAUGAUUCCAGCAAACCACAUGAGGAGAAACUGCCAGACCAGUGGGCCUCCUUGGUUGGGAUGGACCGCAUGGUGGUGCUCCGUUGCAUUAGACCUGAUAAACUGGUGCCUGCUGUGCAGGACUUUAUCAUAGAAAAUAUGGGCGGGAACUUUGUCGAGCCACCAACCUUCGACUUGGCUGGCAGCUACAGGGAUUCCAGCUGCUGCUCUCCCUUGAUAUUUGUGCUUUCUCCUGGGUCUGAUCCCACAGCCGGUUUGUUAAAGUUUGCGGAUGAUCUGGAAAUGGGCGGGAGCAGGACUCAGACCAUCUCUUUGGGCCAGGGCCAAGGUCCCAUUGCCACCAGGAUGGUCGAGGCGGCCAUUAAGGAGGGCACAUGGGUGGUGCUGCAGAACUGCCACCUUGCCACUAGCUGGAUGCCCACACUGGAGAGGAUCUGCGAGGAGGUGAUCACACCUGAAAACACCAACCCGAGGUUCAGGUUAUGGUUGACCAGUUACCCUUCGGACAAGUUUCCCGUCAGCAUUCUACAGAAUGGAGUGAAGAUGACCAACGAGCCUCCCAAAGGCCUGCGUGCUAACCUUCUACGUUCAUAUCUUAAUGACCCCAUCUCUGACCCCGCCUUCUUCGGCGGUUCCCAGAAACAGGAGGUCUGGCAGAAGCUGUUAUUUGGUCUGUGCUUCUUUCAUGCUCUCGUGCAGGAGAGGAGGAACUUUGGGCCACUUGGAUGGAACAUUCCCUAUGAAUUCAAUGACUCUGAUCUGCGAAUCAGCAUGAGGCAAAUCCAGAUGUUCCUGGAUGAAUAUGAUGAGAUCCCUUUGGACGCUCUGACUUACCUAACUGGUGAGUGUAACUAUGGAGGAAGGGUCACAGAUGACAAAGACAGGCGGCUGCUGCUCUCCUUGCUGUCUAGCUUCUAUUGUAAAGAAUUAAUUGACCAGGAUCGGUACUACUUGACAGAAGGAGACCUUUACUUCAUCCCCCCUCAUGGUCCCUACCAGACCUAUGUAGAUUAUAUCCGCAACUUGCCCAUCAGCGCUGACCCUGGGGUGUUUAGGCUGCACAGCAAUGCUGACAUCACGAAAGACAACCAGGAGGCCAAUCAGCUACUAAGUGGAGUGCUGCUUACAUUACCCAGGCAAUCAGGCAGGGGGGUCAAGUCUCCUCAGGAAAUAGUUAAUGAGAUGGCAGAUGACAUCCUGUCUAAACUGCCAGCAGAUUUUAAAAUGGAGAUGGUGAUGAAAAAGUAUCCUGUGAUCUAUGAGGAGUCCAUGAACACGGUUUUGAGACAGGAGCUAAUCCGCUUUAACAGACUGAUUGGCGUGGUGCACGGCAGCCUGGUAAACAUCUGCAAAGCCCUGAAAGGCCUGGUAGUGAUGUCAGCUGAACUGGAGAAUGUCUUUAACAGCAUGUUAGUGGGAAUGGUGCCGGCCAUGUGGGCUGCAAAGUCAUACCCCUCCCUCAAACCGCUGGGCAGCUAUGUCUCUGACUUCCUGGCCAGACUACAGUUUCUACAGGACUGGAUAGACUACGGACCUCCCAGUGUCUUCUGGCUAUCUGGAUUUUACUUCACACAGUCCUUUCUCACAGGGGUGUCUCAGAACUUUGCUCGUAAAUACAGCGUCCCAGUUGAUUACGUUGGAUUCGAGUUUGAGGUGACUGAGCAGGAGACACACAUGACGGAGAAGCCUGAGGAUGGCGCUUACGUGACGGGCCUUUUCUUAGAGGGAGCACGCUGGGACCGAGACCACAUGGUGAUUGGAGAGUCCCUCCCCAAGAUUCUCUUUGACCCCCUGCCCAUAAUCUGGCUAAAGCCAGGGAAGAUGGCCACCUUUCUCCAUGAGAACACCUACGUCUGCCCAGUUUACAAGACUAGUGCCCGCCGGGGAACACUCUCCACUACGGGCCAUUCCACAAACUAUGUCCUGUCCAUGGAGCUGCCCUCCGACCGGCCAUGGCAGCACUGGACCAACCGGGGCGUAGCAUGUCUCUGCCAGCUCGAUGACUAGCGCCUCCCUCCUGACACAGUGCAACUGUCACAACGGCCAUCAAUAACCCUGAAAGCAUGUUACCCUGUUUAAGCACAUGACCAGUACAUUAGCAC